UCGCCUCCCAAACUCUACUCUCAACAACGACGUCUAUCGGUUAACCGCAGCCAUCUCGGUAGCGAUUGGUUACGUCCCGUCACGUGAUGUACACAAAGCACGUGUACUAACUCAACACCAUCUGACGGUUAAUAAUCGAACGCUCAACGUGUCUAGCCGUAAACUUUUAUUUUUAUUUUUUUUUCUCGCUAAAAAUGAACUCGAUUAUUUUUUUAUUCAAACGCUUUGUUUCUUACUCGUAGUUUCUUAAAGAUCUCUAAGGAGCUUAUAAAUUAAAAUUUUAUUAUUAUUAUUAUUAUUUUUUAAAUAAAAGAUGGCCGGACUCACCUCGUGGAGUUGUGUAUGUAAAUGAACGAACUAGGCGAGUUAAUGCCGAUUUUUCCUGUUUUCUCUUUACGUUCGUUGACCUAAUGGCGAUCUACUGACCUAUAUAAGAGUUAAUAGUUGUAUAUUUUACUAUCACUCGACAGCGGUUCGACCGGUAAAUGUUAGUUACUCGCGUAAAUGCCGUUCUGUAAGAAUUCUUAGUUAUGAGUCUAAGAUAUUUGCAGAGAAUUCUUUGCAAUUUUUGCUCUAGGACGAAUUCUAAAACCCUUCACGCUUGCUCGAUGAAACGUGGAAACGAUUCUUAUCACCAAAAAUGCUUUAUAUCUACUACAGAUUCAAGAAAACAAGCUGAAAUUAUCAAUGGAAACAAGAUAGCAUCAGAAAUUAAAGAAGAAAUCAAACAAGACAUUGAAAAGUUAAUAGCCUCAGGUCGGCGACGACCUCAUUUAAGUGUUAUUUUGGUAGGAGACAACCCCGCCAGCGGAAUUUAUGUGACAAAUAAGUUAAAAGCUGCGCAAAAAACAGGUAUCUCUAGUGAAACUAUCACACGGCCUUCUUCAAUUAGCCAACAACAACUUAUUGAUAUUAUUCAUCAGCUGAAUGACAAUCCUGAUGUAGAUGGAAUUCUAGUACAACUUCCUCUCCCAAACCACAUGAAUGAGAGACUUGUGUGCAAUUCAAUAACACCAAGUAAAGAUGUUGAUGGCUUUCAUGUUGUAAAUGUCGGAAGAUUUUGUCUAGAUAUGAAUGCUUUAAUACCAUGUACACCUCUAGGAGUGAUGGAGUUAUUACGCAGAACAGGAAUCAAAACAUUUGGAAAAAAUGCUGUUGUCUGUGGUCGAUCAAAAAAUGUGGGAAUGCCAAUGGCCAUGCUACUUCAUGCAGAUGGAAUAGGAGAAACUCAAGCUGGAGAUGCUACAACAACUAUAUGUCACAGACACACUCCAGCUGAACAAUUGGUACACUUUACGAAGUUGGCAGACAUUCUGGUAGUGGCAACUGGAAUACCGCAUUUAAUUACUGCCGACAUGGUUAAAGAAGGAGCCUGCGUCAUAGAUAUCGGAAUUACGAGGAUCAAAGAUCAAGUUACUGGUAAAUCGAAAUUGGUUGGAGAUGUCGAUUUUGAUGGUGUUGUACAAAAAGCCAGUUAUAUCACCCCAGUGCCUGGAGGAGUUGGACCCAUGACUGUUGCCAUGUUAAUGAAGAACACUUAUCUUGCAGCUAUAAAUCGUAUUAAAUAUUAAUGUUAAAUAAUUAGUGAAGGAAAUUUCCAAAUGCAGAAAAUUCUGAAUUUUAAUUUAUCUUCUCAGGAGAAUUAGUGACUUGUGUGUGUAUGAGGACAUCAAUUGUGGCCUUUGAAUUCUGAGAAAUCUUUUUAUUUUCAUUAUUUUUUACAAAUGCAUUUUGGACCUGGGCAUUUCUAUGUCCUGUGAAAAUCUAGUACUGGCAGACCUAAUCUUAGAUGGUGAUUUUAUAAAUAAAAUCAAGAAUAUUUGUAACAGAUGUUGGAAAAAUCUUCUGAUUAUCCCAUUAAGUUUCAUAAAAUUUAGCUUUUAAUUUAAUUUAUUUUUAAGGAAUACUCUUAGUUUCUAUCACACUGUUUG